AUGUUACCAAGAACCCUGUCUCAUCUGCUCGCCGGUUCAGCUGUCGCUGAAGUCCAUCACCUGUUUUCCGGCUUCUUCUCUGGCUCUACAAUUACCGCCCUUGAGUUCGAUGAUGAAGCCUUGUCCUUGACCUUGGUGAAGAAUAUCUCAUCGACGUCUGAUGAUGGGUCGAAGUGGAUAGCACUCGACGCUCGUAAACAAAACUUAUACGUCGGAACCACUGGCUACUUCCAAAGUUACAAGAUCACCAAGGAUUUGGGGCUGACCUACAAGAGCAAUGUCAGCUUGUCCUCAGACUGCAACAACGCAAACUUCAUCACCGCAUCGUCCAAGUCUCCUUUCGCAGUCUUCGGAACACCCUACGGAGGCGGCUGUCCAACAGUCGCCAUAUCUGUGGAUAAUACCGGCACUCUCCAGAAGAGCUUUGCGAAUGCGACGUACAACACCAAAGGCGGCGUCCACGGAACCGCACUGAGCCCCAAGAACGAUUUCUUGUACUCCGCUGAUGACAUGGGAAAUGCCGUCUGGGUUCACUCCUAUGAUCGCGAAAGUGGCAAGAUUGAAGAGGUCCAAUAUCUUGCUGCCGAGGAAGGAUCGAACCCGAGACAUUUGACUGUUCACCCAAAUGGAAAAUCGGUUUAUGUUGUUUAUGAGGAAGCGAAUUCCAUUGCGGCAUACAAGCGGGACACAAAGACUGGCAAACUCGAGUUUCGCAAUGAGACCUACAGUUUACUUCCUUCUGGUACGGUCCGAACGCACGACACAUAUCCGGCUGAACUAACUAUUUCACUAGGGUUUACCAACUCCUCUUCUUACUGGGCUGACGAGGUACUGCUCUCCGCACCCGCUGAAGGAUCAUCCCCUAAAUAUCUGCUCGCCGCCACGAGGUCUCGCAAGACUGGAGUUCCUGGAUAUGUCUCUGCGUUUAGCCUCGAUGCCAAAACUGGAGGUAUCAAGGAGCAGCUGUUUUUGCAAGAAACCACCAACAGCGGAGGUUCUGCGAAUGCUGUGUCGCCGGCUUCAUUCAGUGAGGAUUUCUUUGCUAUCACUGAUAGUGGUUCGAACUUUAUUGAAGUUUGGAAGAUCAAAGGUAAGAGUGCGUCGGCAGUUGCUCACCUGGAUCUUGAGAAUGGGCCUGCCAAUGCUGUAUGGUAUGAUUAA